GACAUUUUGUGAAAAUGUCUUGUUAUAAAAUUUCUUGAUUUCAGAUAAAAGUGAAGUGAAAAAUGGAGAGUCUAAUCCCUGUAAUCAACAAACUGCAGGAUGUUUUUAAUACUGUUGGUGCCGACGCCAUACAACUUCCACAGAUCGUUAUUGUCGGCAGCCAAAGCUCCGGCAAAAGUUCUGUCAUUGAGAGUCUCGUCGGCCGCAGUAUUUUGCCCCGAGGAACAGGCAUUGUGACAAGACGACCGUUAAUCCUUCAACUUGUUUACUGUCCAAGGGAUGACCGUCAACACAGAUCAGCUGAGAAGGGAACAAUUGAUUGUGAGGAGUGGGUUGAAUUUUUACACACCAAAGACAAGAUCUACACGGACUGGGAUGAGGUGCGGAAGGAGAUAGAACGUGAGACUGACAGGAUGGCUGGAGGGAACAGAGGAAUAUGUCCUGAAGCCAUCUCUCUUAAAUUCUACUCUGUAUCUGUUCUCAGUUUAACUAUGGUGGAUCUACCAGGCCUGACGAAGGUGGCGGUUGGUGAUCAACCUGACGAUAUAGAAGCACAGAUCCGUAAUCUUAUUUUUAAAUUCAUCCUGAAUCCAAAUUCUAUAAUCCUGGCCGUUAGCCCGGCUAAUAUGGACAUGGCCACCUCGGAGAGUCUAAAGAUCGCUCGAGAUAUCGAUCCUGAUGGUCGGAGAACACUAGCGGUCAUCACGAAACUUGAUCUCAUGGAUGCAGGAACUGAUGCGAUUGAUAUUUUGUGCGGACGAGUAAUCCCCGUAAAGCUUGGAAUUAUUGGAGUUAUAAACCGAUCCCAGCAGGAUAUAAUAGAUCACAAGGACAUAAAGGACGCAAUCAAGGACGAAGCGUCCUUCCUUCAAAGAAAAUAUCCAACCCUGGCCACACGUAACGGAACUCCAUAUCUUGCCAAGACACUGAACCGUCUCUUGAUGCAUCACAUACGAGACUGCCUACCGGAGCUGAAAACUAGAACCAACGUGAUGGCGUCCCAGUUUCAGACCCUGCUCAACUCUUACGGUCAAGAUGUAGUGGACAAGAACACGACGCUGCUCCAGAUCAUCACCAAGUUCGCCUCGUCCUACACCGCGACGUUGGAUGGGACUGCGCGGAAUAUUGAAACAUCGGAGCUAUGUGGCGGAGCCAGGAUUUGUUAUAUUUUUCACGAGAUCUUUGGAAGAACUUUGGAUUCCAUCCAUCCACUCACAGGUUUAACAUCUAUGGACAUCUUGACCGCUAUCAGGAACGCCAACGGUCCCCGGCCAGCUCUCUUUGUUCCUGAAGUUUCUUUUGAGCUUCUGGUUAAACGACAAAUACGGAGACUAGAGGAACCCUCUCUCAGGUGUGUUGAACUAGUACAUGAAGAAAUGCAGAGAAUAAUCCAACAUUGUGGGAAUGAGGUCCAACAGGAAAUGUUAAGGUUUCCCAAACUCCAUGAGAAGAUAAUCGAUGUUGUGACAAAUCUUCUUCGUUCUCGUCUCCCCCCGACCAACGUCAUGGUGGAGAACAUUGUCGCGAUAGAGCUGGCGUACAUCAACACCAAGCACCCGGAUUUCUUCAAGGAUGCUGCUAGCAUUGGUUCAAUGCUAACCUCCCCAGAUUUCGAAACAGAUCCUAAAAUGAUGCGAGGUAAGGGUGGAAAUAUUGACGGUAGAUCUAACAGACCUAGACCCCAGAGUGUACAGUUUAAUCAACAUCAAAACGGAGAUAUAGGUGAUUCAGAUAAAGAGAAUAGUCAACCAAGACGCGGCGCUAGUGUUUCCGGUGUAAGUGGCGCAGGACGUGAAAACGUGAUCAACGCGAGCACGUGGCUAAGCAACAUCCUGCCUACACCAAAGGAGGAGGAGAAUAGGAGUAGGGAUGUAUCUCCAGGAGCUACUCCACAACAUAGAUCUCUUGCAUUUGUCCAGGAUCAGGAAGGACAAGGAGUGGUUUCCCCGGUGAAGCCGGUCAACCUACUUCCUGAGAUUCCGGCGCAGACCGGUCGCAAGCUUAAUGACCGGGAGCAGAGGGACUGUGAGGUUAUCGAGCGCCUGAUCAAGGCCUACUUCUAUAUAGUUAGGAAAAGUAUCCAGGACUGUGUUCCUAAAAGUGUAAUGCACUUCCUGGUGAACUACGUGAAGGACAACCUGCAGAGUGAGCUAGUAAGCAGCUUGUAUAAGCAGGAUCAGAUCGAUGUCCUCCUGAGUGAGUCUGAGCAUAUUGGGCAGAGAAGGAAGGAAGCAGCAGAAAUGUUGGAGGCUCUACAGAAAGCAAGUCAGAUAAUCAGUGAAAUCAGGGAAACCCAUGUCUGGUAGUCACUUUCUUUUCUCAAGAAAGUCCUAAUUGUAGAUUUUCUACACCGUAGUUAAAUUUGUUUAUUUUCUAUCGACUAUUAGCGGCGGGUUUCGGCGUUCAAGACCGGCGGCUAGGUGAUCAAUCAUGCAUUAUGAACAGAAUUGGUCGCUGUGCAAGCUUAAUAAUUUUGCUAAUCGGUUGGUUUAUAUGCCGUCGUUUGGGCUUUUUUUAGUCAGUAUCUAUCAUAGUCCUUCAGUUAAUUUCUAUAUAUUGACUGCUUAUGUACUUGGUACAAUAUCCUUUAAUCAUGCACAAUGUAAACUGUUAUAGAUCAGUUUGGGCAUAUAAAACUCAACUUCCUCCUCGGUCAAAGUAUUUUUUUCAUAAUUAUGUACACUUUGAUUCUAUGCUGCAUGUAUAAUGUACCGUCUUCAAUCUACAUGUAUGAAUUAUGUUAUUUUUUCGCAUUUUAUAGUGAAUUUAAAUCCAGUAGAAACCUACUUUGACUCCAAUGUUUAAACUUAUUAGUCUUUAUAAAAUUAUAAAUUAUGAUAGCAGCUGGUUAAACCAGCCCCCCCCCCUCAGUUUUUUAGCUCAGUUUAAGAAAUGAUUUGUUCUAGCAACCCCUCUUGCACAACGUACUCAACUAAAGUGCCAUUUUUAUUGAUCUUAGCCUCAAAAAUAUAAAUAUGAAAUAUUAAA